AUGUAUGACAACAUCUCUGAUUUCACAAGAUAUGAUGACGACCAUGACCCCGAACAUGGUGAAGAAGAAGUUUUACAAACAUCCAUUAAGACAGGAAAGGUUUUAACUCAAAGUCUCAUUAUUGACACCAAAGAUGGCGAAGUGGACGUUCUUCAAGAGCUGAAGAAAAAUACUUCUUCGGGAGGUGGUGGUAGGCAUGAACUUGAAAUAAAUGAGAUAGAAGAGAAAUUAGCCGAAAAAGCAGAUAAAGAACAUAAACACAAUAUCUCCGAUAUAAAUGAACUUCAAGCUACAUUAAAUAGUAAAGCGGACAAAAAUGAACUUGACGCAAUGAACAAAGUUUUGAAAUCUCAUAAACACAAUAUCUCCGAUAUAAAUGAACUUCAAACUUCUUUAGACAACAAAGCAGACAAAAACCAUACACAUGAAUCCUUCACUACUGUUAGAGCAGACGACAUAAUAUUGAACUAUGAUUUGGGUUCAAGUGCACCUUUAGAGAAUCCGAGUACAAGCGUAAAAGAUACACUAAACUCCUUAAAUGGUAAAUGUAUGAAUAUCGAAGAUCAUGCCAGAAACUUUGAAGCACAUGAACUACCAGCAAUGUUAGAUAAGAAAGCUGACAAGAACCAUACACAUAAAUCCUUCACUACUGUUAGAGCAGACGACAUAAUAUUGAACUUUGACCUUGGUUCAAGUGCACCAUUAGAAAAUCCAAGUACAAGCGUAAAAGAUACUCUUAACAAUUUAGAUAAGAGUUGCAGGAAUAUCGAAGAUCAUGCCAGAAACUUUGAAGCAUAUGAACUACCCACAAUGUUAGACAAGAAAGCAGACAAAACAGAGCUUCAAACAUUAAAGACAGAAAUACUUCAAACAUUAUAUCCUAUAGGCUCUAUUUAUACGUCAAUGAACUCAACAAAUCCCGCAAGUGUUUUAGGUUUUGGUACAUGGCAGCAGAUUGUAGACAAAUUCUUAUACUGUGCUAACUUUUCAAAGCAAACAGGAGGUUCGAAGAAAAUUACUGAAGCAAACCUUCCACCGCACACUCAUACAGGAACUACAAACUUUUCUGGCGACCAUAGCCACUCAUUAAGAGACCAUCCAUUAUACAACUCAGAGUAUGAAGCUGGCAAUGAUGUUUUAUCUCCAUCUUAUAACAAUGCAGCAAAAAAGACUUUUCGACAAACUGAACCGGGAGGAAAUCAUGUCCAUACUUUCACAACAAAUCCAACAGGCUCGGGUGCAGAUUACAUGCCACCAUUUGUGACUGUAUUUGCAUGGUACCGCGUUCAAUGA